AGCGACAAGUGAAAGAGAAACUAUAAAGAGGGUUUUAUUUUACUGGACGCAGAUGCGCUUCUCGUAAAUUGACAACAAGAUGAAAAGACUUUGAUUAUCAGCAAUGUGCGGGGAUGUCUGCAAAACAUGAGUGUCACAACUCAAAGCUGACAGAGGUGUAGCAGUAGGACUGAUAAGAACGUCCACAAGGAAACAAAAUGACAGACAGACUCUCAGUCUGGAGACAGACUCUCUCCAAUAUGUUCUCCUCUCCUUCUCCAGUUCCGUAUCAUGGCCUGAUCAACCAAGGAGCGACCUGUUACCUGAACAGCGUGCUGCAGGUGCUGUUCAUGACCGAAGACUUCAGAGACGCCAUGGAAAGGCACUGCUGUGAGAAUCCUGCCACUGAGUGCAUUGAUUGUCAUCUCAAAGUCUUGUUUGAUGAUUUAAAAGGACAGACAGCAGACACAUAUAACAUCACAAAGAAGCUGGGCAUCCACAGAGUGUAUGAACAGCAAGAUGCUGCUGAGUACUAUGAGAAGAUUCUAAGUCUGACCAGUCCUGAUGCUUCACAGAUCUUCCACGGAUGGUUGACGGACAGGACCACAUGUUCUGCAUGUGGCACAGAAUCGGACGCAGACGGGGCCUUCUGGCAUCUUCCUCUUGCGUUGGUGGAUUCAUACAGUGAACACUACAGCGUGGUGGAUGGCAUUCAGGAGCAUUUUAGAGCCUCAGAGUUCAGCGGGGAGAACCAGAUGUACUGUGAGCAGUGCGACGCCAAAUGUGAUGCUACGACUCAAUGUGUGAUGACACAUCAUCCAGAGGUUUUGAUGCUGCUGUUGAAGAGGUUUGACUUUGACUACAGCUACAUGACAUAUGUCAAGAUCAACCAGACUGUGGAUGUUCCCCGCACCCUACAGAUACCAGAGAAUCAGACAUAUGAACUGUACGCGGUUGUGGACCACAGCGGAGAUCUUAGAAGCGGACACUACAGCACCACCAUCUGGGAUGAUGAGAACUGGUUUACUUUCAACGACGGCACGGUCACUUUGGCUGACCACCAGCCAUUCCAGGUGGAUAACUUUGAGCAAUCCUGCAGUGCUUAUCUCCUUUUCUACAGGAAAAAGAACGCUGCUCAAACCACCAGGGCGGUGUCAGCGCCUGGAGGCCACCUGCCUGCUACCGGUGACGUCUAUGACCAGUGUCAAGAUGGUGGGAAGAAGAGAGGGAGAGAGGAGGAGGAGGCCAUCGAUGGGGAUCAAGAAAAAGAGAGAGUUAGGUCUAGAGGAGUUGAGCUACAGCCUGACCCUAGCUAUUAUGAAAAUGAUCAGGACACACCACACAUACAUCAGUUGCGUAAUGGGGAAAGGAAUGAUUUGCAUUAUCAUCUUCAAGAUGCUCAGGCUGAGGAACACAGAGAUGAGGUUGGAAUACUAACAGGUGUUAAGAAGGUAAAGGGAGGAAAUGCAGAGGCUGAAAACCAGGCAGAAGAGAUGGAACCCUUCUGUAGAGAAACUCAACGUGAGGAGAGUGUCGACGAUCAGGGCAGUGGAAAAGAGAGCGCACCAGAUGGUAGCAGUGAUUUGGAACCAGAAAUCAGUGGCAUGCUUGCAAAAGAUGCACAUCUUAGAAAAGAAGUUGAGAGGAGUGAUGAAGAGACAGGAGUAAUGGAUGUAAAGACAGGAGAGGAUAAACAGUCAGAGAAGGAGGAAAAAUACUUGACGAUCUAUCCUGAAGACAACGCUAGAGAGAACAUAGAUGGAAAUCUGAGGGGUACACAGGAAGUUAGACAAGAUAACGUCCUCAAACCUGUCAGUGAGGACGAACAAAGAGAACAGAGAGGAGGGAGAAUUGAUGACGAGGAAGAAAAAACUGAAGCUGGUGAAAAAGGGAUUUCAUCAGAGAUCGGAAAGCUAAAUCAUGACUAUGGAAGAGACGGUGGCAGUAAACGGAGCAUGCUGAAACAUGACCAUCAGCACAGAGAGGAGAGGAUGGAUGUGGAAGUUGAGGAGCAAAAUAGAGGAGAUGGUAAACAUGCACAGAGCAAAGACACAUCAGCGACGGAACAUUAUAGUGAAGGUGUCCAGGCUCAGGAGAGUGACAGUGUGAGACAAGAUGAUGCUAGUGUGCAUUUUGAGCAGAAAAUCAGAAUUAUGCCUACAAUCCAAGAAGAUGUUGAGUUAGACAGGAAAGGAAAAACCGAAGUGCAUGAAAGAGGGAUGGGAUCAGGGCCAACAAAGCACCGGAAAACAUCUGACUUCUACCCAUCUAAUGAGAAUCAGGACUAUAGAAGAGAUGACAACAAUAAACAGAAAGUGCCGAAAGAUGAUCAGAGGUGGAAAGAGGGAGGCAGUAGCAGGCAUGAGGGACAUGAGCAAGAGAGAGAGGGGAGGAGGGAUGUUCAGGGAGUCACGGAGCUAAACAGGGGAGACAGUCAACAUCCACACUUUGGUCAGGAUGUAGAGGAUCAGAGCAUUGUAGGAUUAGAUGAUAGACAAACAGUGUCAGGGCAGAAUAUCAGACGUACAUGUACAAACCGUAAAGGUGGCAGUGCGGAGACACAAAGCAAACAUAUUCAGAAUAGAUCAGACUCCCCCCUUAGACAAGUUGGAUCUGCAGGAAGCAGCAAACCAACACAGUAUCAGGGAGCUGGCUGUGGUGAAAAGGUGAGAUGGAGUAAUUCUCAAGAAAGGCCCAGCUUGAACAGUAUCGAAGUUAAGCCGAUUGUCAAACAAAUCCACAGUGAAACUGCACCAAGAUCCUCAGUAUUCAGACAAGCUGGAUCAGCAGGAAGCAGAACACCAACAGAGAAACAGGGAGAUGGCUGCGGUGAACAGGUGAGAGAGAUCAGUCCUCAACUAAAACCAACACCUGAAAGGCCUGGCUCAAAAAAUAUCAGAAAGUUGUCCAAGGGAUUUGCCAAGUUAAAAGUGAGUAAGUCAUCUCCUACAAAGCCAAAGAAACUUGCAAAAAGCAAAGAGGCACUUGGAAAUGCACAAGAGAAUACAAACGGUAUAACAGGGUCAAAAGCCACAAACAAGCGAAAACUGUCUGAUACAGAUGAUCAAGAAAAGAAAAAACGUCUGUCUUUACAACCGAAAAAGAAAUGCAGAGAGAAAGGGAAAAAAAAGAAAACUUCAAUCUUACAAUGUUUCUCUUUUAAAAGGCAGGAAUAUGAUUCUGAUUAAGGCAAAAUACACAAUUUGUCCAGAAUGAGACAAAUGCUUAUUUUGACUACAAGUCACUCUGAUGAUCAUAACAUUGUUAUUUGGGUUUUUUAUUCUACUACUUAAAAUAGAUCAGUUAGUGAUAAGACAGUGUGGCUAACGCUGUAAUACUGUGUAGCUUCCCUUCGAUCUCCUCUGCUGGUUUUUGCCGUGGUAAAAUGUCAUCACUUCCUGUUUUCCACUGGAUCAGUUCUGUGUGUAGAGCAGCAAAUGAUGCGGGAUUAAUGAGAGAGAAGGCUGUUUGAAAUUAAAGCUUUGAUUUCUUGCAUCAGUCUGUAAUAAACUAACCCUCAUAUAAUGGCAAGGCAGGAAAAGCAAAUCAUUUCAGAUCACAUCCGCAGACUGAAUUAUCUUAUUAUUUUUGUAUUUUCUAAUUUUCUUCAUAUUUAAAGUUUACAGUAAUGAAGAGAUGUACUGAUGUACUACAUUGUCUGUCAAAGUCUCACUAGAUUGUUCAGAGAAAUAUUAAUAGAUGACACUGAAGGGGAACAUGUAAUGUGAUUUCAGACAAGAGAUUGUGUGAGGAAAUAUAUUUGUACGAUUUCUGGACUGAAAACCGUUAAAGAAGAUUUUAUGUUGAUCACUUUGAAAAAAAAAAGAAUCAAACUGUGGACCGCAGUCGCCAUUAGCUAGUUAGCUUGGUUAGCCGUGAAUCUAGCGGUCCAGACUCAGACUGGCACCUUUUUUUUUUUGAAGUUCUCUCAUGUCACAGCGAUGUCAACAAAUCCAAUAUGUCUGUUUGAUUAAAGGAAAUGAAUGCAAA